AUUGCAUCCCUCUGUGGCUUUCUCACACACGGUGGGAUUGCUAAAAAAGGGAGGAGUGCAGGGGAAACUGGAAAUUACACCAUCUUUAGUGCCUGACUGGAGUUGUUGACCUCUGGAAUUCCCAUUGAAGAGCAUCUUUUCUUGUGAUCAAUACUAAUUAAAGAGACCAUGAGCGGGAACUACAGCGUCACUCUGUUGGGGCCGGCCCCUUGGGGUUUCAGGCUACAAGGAGGGAAGGACUUUAACAUGCCCCUCACCAUCUCCAGGCUGACGGAUGGUGGGAAAGCAGCUAAAGGUGGUGUUGCAGUUGGAGACACGGUUCUCUCCAUCGAUGGUGUUUCCACAGAGGGCAUGAACCACCUUGAGGCCCAAAACAAAAUCAAGAACUGCACCGGGAACCUUAGUCUCACUCUGCAGAAAUCCAGUGUUUCUAAGCCUCCUCCAGUGGCACCAAAGGACAACCGAACAGACCUCAUAAAACCAGUAGCCAUCACCCAUCCCUCUGUUUCACAACAUCCCCAGUCUCAGGGCUCUGCCCCUUACAAAAAGGCCCCCAGACCUUAUGGGGGUUGCAGCUCUGAUGGUGUAUACUCUCCUUCACAGUCACCUUUCACCACCUUCAUCCCUUCCCCAUCCUCUGCCUUCACUCCUGCUUCAUCCCACAUUGGUCCUCCCCCUUCCUCUCUUCUUCCUCCUUUGAUCUCUUACCCAUCCUCUGCAUCCUCUUCCUCCUCCCCUCCUGUCCUGGUUGCGCCUCAGCCAUCAGUGUAUAACACACCGAUCAACCUCUACUCAACUGAAAAUGCGUGUGAGGUGGCCAUGGGGCAAAGGCGGGGCCUGUUGGAGAGUCAGGGAGGAACCUUACCACAUUUUAAUGGGAAACAUAUUGUGGACACAGACAUCCAUUUUUACCAUGUGCCUACUCACGCUGAUGCCAGUAGAAAGCGCAUAAUGGAGGACACAGAGGACUGGCGUCCACGCACGGGCACCACCCAGUCCCGAUCUUUCAGGAUUCUGGCUCAGAUCACAGGCACGGAGAACGUUCAAAAUGAAGAAGCUGAUGCAUCAAAGAAGACAAAUGAGGGUGAAGAGGAGGCACAGCUUAACUCCCAUGAAUCUGCUGUCGUCAAAACUAUGAUGAAAGGAACUGCUUCCAACCAUGGCCAAGGAGUACAGAGUGGUUUGAUCACUCCAUCUUUUGGAAUGAAGGGUAAUGGGAGUGCCAGUGUCCUCAGGGGUCCUGUUCCAGUCCGACCAGUGCCUCAACCCCACCCCAAAGAUGAGGACACUCUGGUCCAGAUGGCAGAACACAUUCCUGCUGGGAUGCGAACCCCCAUGUGUGCCCACUGCAACAUGGUGAUCAGAGGACCAUUUUUGGUUGCAAUGGGAAAAUCAUGGCACAAGGAGGAAUUUAACUGUGCCCACUGCCGAACAUCUCUGGCAGACAUAGGCUUUGUGGAAGAAAAAGGCUCUGUGUAUUGUGAACACUGCUAUGAAGAGUUCUUUGCACCAACCUGCAGCCGCUGCCAGGCCAAGAUAUUGGGGGAGGUAAUUAAUGCCCUGAAACAAACAUGGCAUGUCUAUUGCUUCAUGUGUGCUGCCUGUCAGCAGCCAAUCAGGAACAACACCUUUCACCUGGAGGAUGGAGAACCUUAUUGUGAGCAAGACUUUUACAGUUUGUUUGGGACUGGCUGCCAUGGCUGUGAGUUCCCUAUUGAGGCUGGAGACAAAUUUCUGGAGGCACUCGGUUACAACUGGCACGACACCUGCUUUGUUUGUGUUGUAUGUUGUGCCUCUCUGGAGGGUCAGACCUUUUUCUCCAAAAAGGACAAACCUCUUUGCAAGAAACAUGCUCACACAGUGAAGAUAUGAACCUUCAAAUGGCUCUCCGCCUCCAUUCUCUCUUGUCAAAGGAUGCAGAAAUACUGAGGGCUGAUAUUUACCAGUAGAUUAUUCUUUGACUAAGUUAAUUGAGGAUAUAACUAAGCAGAUUACUUUUAUUUGAACUCUUUAACCGAGGGGUGGGGGGAUAAUACAAAAUCUUUUUUGAGCUUUAUAUCAAACCUGGGGAUUUGCUUUGAUUCUUUCAUACACAAAGUUCAGCCUUGGAGUUGCAGUCUCCAGUCAAGCACUUGUCCCUCAGAGCAUCUCUCCCUCACACUGCUCAACCAGACUAGCAUCAGCAGCAUUAUACUUAUAUGAACCACCUCUCAGUCGAAGGCUUUUGCUAAUGAUUUUGGAGGAUUGUAAACACAAUCCAGUUUAUAUAAUUUAAAAUUGCCUUAAUUUUAACUCCCUAAGAACAGCUGUAAACAGCAAAAUGGAUGAGCUUUGUUGUGAUGAUGUGCUUAUGGCAGAGUGUCGGAUAGAGCCGGAGCUUCUUAAAGAGACAGAGGCCCAAUUUCAAGGCGUCAAAUUGCGAAGUCAGAAUUCUUUCAGGUCAUGUUUGACAUAUUCAGCAUUUUUAUAACAACUGAAGGUAACAUAGUUUCUUGAUCAUGCUGUAAAAUGGCACUAUUUGCCUGCAAGUACAUUAUACCGCCCCAUGAAGUAAGUUUAUGAUACUUAUGCACACAAGACGUUGUACUGAUAAUUAAUCAUUUUUGUAAGACCACAGUUAGUCAUAGUAUCUUACACAAAAAUAUUCUAACUUGAUUCAUUACAUAAUCCUGAUUUUAACCUGGAAGCUAAAAGGCAUCCUUGGUUUGUCUGUAGAUACAGAAUAGAAUCUUCCCCAAUAAUUAGAAAUCACUCAUUUUAAUUGUCAAAAAAACAGAGUAAAAUAUAUGUUCUUAACCAAGCCUUGAGAAUUUGUUGCAACAAAAUAUUAGCAAUUAGUUUUCACGAAAGCACUAACGUAUGCUAUUUUUAAUGUUACAGUUGUGCAAAUUUUAAUAGAUUAUCAGUAGCUUACAUUAAAAUUUGUAUUCUUUUAUGUCCCUAUAUUCAAAACUAUUUCAAAAUAGUAUUCAAAAUCUUAGUAUUUGUAUUAAGAUUAACUAAAUGUGGAUGUGUUACUUUAAUAAAAGAUUUUAACUAAGCAUCUAAGAUAAUCAUUGUAUCUUUCUGUUUUAUUGUAUUUUCAUGAUGUUUGCCAAAACUGACUUGAAGUUUCCAAACAGACAAAUAUAUAACAGAAUACGUUUUUAACAUUAUUUAUUCUGGUUGAUUGACAAAAAACUUAAAUAAAUAAAUAAAUAAAUAAAUAUUAACAUCUGACAUAAGUAAAUAAUAAGGAAAGUAUUAAUUUUGUUCCUCAUACUCAACACCUUAGUGAUGGACAUACAUUCUUUUGAAUUGUAUUUUAUUAAUAAUGAAACAUUUUUGUGUUUUUAUUCAUUAUUUUAUAUUUCAACUUCACCUCAAAAAGACAGAUGGUCCAAUAUUUUUUUGAGAUACAAUUCAUCACAGUCUGUGCAUCUUUUUAUCCUGGGAGGUACUGUGUGUGUGUGUGUUUAAUUGUUCUUUUGUUGAAAAGAGGGGUACACUUUAAUUUACUUUGAAUAUGUAAUUGUCUGGAUAUUUCUUUUAGAUUUGUACUAAAUUAUAAUGCAACUAGGUAAAAAGAUUUUACAUUGUAAAACCAAGAGGAGACUGGAUUGUGUGCAGAAAGGUAGCAUACAUAUUGCAAAAGUACCAGCAUAGUAAACAAAAGUAUUUACAUGUCAUUUUUAUUAUCUCUCAAAAUAUGUUUGAAAAGAAGUUAAAUGUACCUGUGUUGUUGAAUAAAUUGUGAUGUUUAACCCUC